AUGGACACUGAUUCUAUGGAAUAUUUAGACGAUGAGUAUUAUGAUUACUACAAUGAAGACGAUGAAAUGGGCACAUCGAGGAAUCUAGAUGGAGGGGGUUCAAAGAGCAACAAAAACAGCAUGAACAAGAUGCGUACUUCAUUUGGUUUGAACAGCUCUGUUACAUUGUCGUAGGCAGCCUUGGCAAACAGCAGCAAGUUUAAAUCAUAAAUUACUUCUAUGCCGAUGGGACUGCGAGCUUCAGGCAAUAACAAGAAGAAUACACAGCAGUAAACAGCUUUUCUCAAGGCUGGCACCAAAAUUCAUCAUGAAGAUGAGGAUGUACUGCAGGAUGACAGUAAAACUGACCUGAAUAAUAGAACUAGAAACAAAUCUCAAAUUGACAAUGAUGAUUUUGAUGAGAAUUCAGAGGAUGAACUGAAAGAGGGCAUGUAUGUGAGUAAUAGUCAGAGUCAACUGCAGAAGCCUUUAAGUUUUGGCUUGAGUGAGGACAUGGUCUACUCUUCACAUAAACAGCCAGUCAAGCACUUCAUUCUUAAUCACAAUAAUCAACUGUAUGUGACUGCAGACGACAAACAGAUACACUUUUGGUCGAUUCAAACAGGCUUGAGAAAGAAAGUCAUGCAUCUGCCUGACUUUUUAAAGACACACUCUUGCGUCUCAGCUAUCGCUUUUUCUCAUAAGUUUAGAUCUAUGGAUAUGAGUAGCAUUCGACUGGUUAACUUUGCCUAGUUCUACGAUGCUGAGAGUAAGCUCAUUACUGCAGGCAUUGAUGGAGUAUUCAUCUUUGAUGUGCACUACCAUGGAAAGUACGAUCCCUAGCAAGCAGCUUAAAUUGACCCAGAAGGAAGAUCGAUAAGAAUGACACUUGAAGGAAUGCCUAUUUGGGCAAAGGGUAUGAAGAUAGACGAAGAAAAUAACAUGAUAGUGACAUGGGAUCAUCUUAACUUGACCUUCCAUGAUCUACGAGGGCCUGAACACAAAUUACUUAACAGCUACAAGAACUUGCUGUAAAUAAACUCAGCAGAUCAUAUGAGUGAUACAAAUCAAAACAUUACAGAUGUACUUGUCAGCAAAGAAUACAAGUACUUUGUAACAGCCACUAGUCUGGGUUAGAUGAUGGUCUGGAAACACUAAAAAGUUAAGAAGAUGAUUCAUCUCUACACUGGUCAUUUCAGAGACAUUGGUGCAUUAGCAAAACAUCCCUCAGGAGAUGAGAGUAUGUUUUUAUCAGUUUCACUCGAUGGUUCUGUCAAAAUUUGGUCAUUAGAUAAAUUUUAAAUGCUUUAUGAAUUUGGAUUCCCUUAUAAGGCCACGAUGUGCAGAUUUGCUUUGAGUUCUAAGAAGGUGUUCAUUGUGUAGGGAAGUAAAAUUUUAAUGAAUGAUCUAUUCCUGAAUGCUGUGCCCUUUACCUUACCUUCUGAAGUUGAGAUUAAAUACAUUAAAGCUAGUCAUAGAUAUAUACCAAUCUACGAAGGAUCAGAUUAAAAGAUGAUUCAACAGUUUUAGUUGGUAAUGUGUGAGGAUAACACAGUGUUCGUCUAAGAUAUUGAGACUCAGAGAAUCCAAAGCACUAUAUUCCCACCACCGACAGCUCAGCAAACAAUAGCCAUAUUUCAUUCGCAUAAGCUUAACAGGCUCUUAGUGUUGCUGAUCACUGGUUCAAUAUGUAUCUAUUAGUUUGAAAAGGAGACAGCUUUGCUUGAGAGGAUUCAAUAGCCAAAUUAGCUCAGAGAUAGUGAGGGGAAAGGCACUGGCAAACAGAAGAUCAUGUGCACAGCUCUGAUUAAAUGCUACAAAAGGCAGCAUCAUAUCGUGCCUUUUGAUCAAGAUAUAUUCAAUGAGAGAGUGCAUUUGAAUGCAGUUUAGAAUUAUGUUAAAGAUGGCUUGGAGGAUUAAGAGUACUUUGCUUUUAAAAUGGAGUAAAUAUAUGCUAGAAUCACAGUGAGCAGAGCUCCAGUUAGAAACAUCCACUAUGUCCCCACGAAAUAGAUAUUCAUCACUAUUUGCGAAGAACUGAUAGUCAAAAUAUGGGGCAUUGAUUAGAGGGAGAAAAAGAUAAACAUCUUUUAUCAGAUGCAGAUAUACAGACCCAUCAAGUAUCUAGUUAAUAUCAUGAAUGACUAUGUGCUCUUUGCUUUUGAAUCUGGAGAUUUCGAGAUAUUUGAAGUUUAGGCAUCAUUUGGAUUAGUAAGGCAAAUGACUCUCGACCCAAAGAGACAGUUUGUUCAGCAGCAAUAAGUCCGUGUCAAUCAUCUCGAAGCUGAAAAGUCAAAGGAGCAUGAUUCUCCUUUAACUGGUGUUGACUAUCAUGAAGGACUAAACCUUUUGGUUACUUCCUGCUAAGAAGGCAUCAUUAAAAUUUGGAGAAUGCCAUACAAGAUCAUGAUCAAGGAAGUUAAGUUUCCAUCAAGAGUUGACUCAGUUUGCUUUAAGAAGGGAUGGGAGACACCUGAGUAGGUCUUGAUUCAGCAAUAGCUUAAGCCUAAGUUGGAGACUGAGAGUGAUUAUGAUGAUUAGGAAUCUAAAAGUGAAGUGAAGGAAGAGCAACUACCUCCAAUUAAUGGUGACAUCAUAGUAGCGCAUGAGAAGAGAGUGUCUUGUAUCAAGUACGAAACGUACUGGGACUAGAAGGAGUAACUUCUACUGGGCAAUCUGGAGGUCAAAGAAAUCCCGAGGACUGAGAUCUCAGAGCAGCUGUUUUAGCAAAUGAUGCUUAAAGAAAAUGAGAUCAGGGGAGUUAAUAGCAACAAUAAUACAAUCACGACGUCUGCUCUGAAAGUGUAGGGAGGCACUGCUCCGGGCAGUCCUAAAAAUGUUAAGUUCAAGGACUAGAAGAGAGACACAGUCACUUCUGGGUUUAAGAAGUUCCCAGAACUGGCAGGUAAAACAGAUAAAAGCCAUGAGAUGAAGAUGGCGUUGGAGAAACCUAAAAGUCCAAUGACCCUAAAAGCACUAGAGUUAUUUGACAAGAUAGACAGGCAAAAGGAAGAACAGUCUAAAAUCAGAGAUGCAAAUAAUCCAAUCAAGCAGGAUUACUUGGAGACACUCAAGAAAAGAGAAGAGCAAAAUCAUAACGAGCCCAAGAUAUCAGAAAAUGAGAUGUUGUUUAUGCUGCAUCAGGCUCACUAGUAUGGGGCUUAGGAAAGAAACCAAGAGGCUCAUGAAGAAAUCAAGAAGGCAUUAAAAAAUCCAAAUUAGUACAUCGCACUGCCACCAUUGAAGUCAUUUAAUGAGGCUAAGAAAAAGACACUGUUAACCUAAACAACAAGGUUUGUGAGUUUCCCAAUGGCAUCUCAGACAUCACCUUCCUCUUUCAACUUAAAGCACUAAAUGCAGAAACUUACAAGAAGAGAUAUAACUAGCGACAGAAUCACUGCAAACAUUAUGAAGUUCAACUCGCCCACAUAGUAGAGAGACUUCGCUAAUUUAAGAUUAGGGCCUUUGCCUAACAUGCCUAGAUUCCACAGCUAGCAGCCUUUCCAAGCUGAUGAGCAACUUUACACUGAGUCUAUGCCCAACAGUCAAUUACAACAGAAUACCAGUCAAAACAACGCUCUUUUUACCUCUCAACCAACUCAUAGAUUACUUUAAGAAGAUGACCGCUCUCUUGUCCUGCUUGAGAUGCCCUCCCACUAAUAGAUUUCUUAAAGCUACCCUGACAGCCCCAACCCUAUAGAGGAGAAUGACAUGACUUAGAGAAUCUCAAAAAAAUCUAUGCUAAAGAUCGGCAACAACUACACAUUUAUAGAUAAAACACGUACCAAUAAACAUCAAAAAGUGAAGACUCUUAAUAAUUCCCCCAUCAACUAUAGAUCUAUUUACAAACUGGAUGAAACAUAGAUAGGUGUAAAUCUCCAGAAUCAUGUCAAUAAAUAGCAGUUAAUGAAUAAUCAGAGAAUGCGCAGCUUCUUGUUUCCAUCUACACAGGAGACAUCUCUGAUAGGUAACUCUUACUAGGAAAUGUCACUUCUGGAUAAUUCGCAAUCAGUCGAGAUGGCACUGAGGAUUUCAGAGGAAAACCCAACUCUACAGGAGGUAAGUCGUACCAGAGAUAGACCUGACUUCUAGCUAUUGACUAAACAGUAAUAACAGUAUCUUCUAAGAAAGACUAACCUGAAAAAUGUAAGUGUCAAUGGCCCAAGCUCGCCACAAUCAAACUGGAUUGGUUCUACAACUGAUGGAGGCUCAGCAGUUGGUGACCUUGGCAUUAGUCAAAAUAAUAGUGGGGUAAACAUUAGCAAUCAGAAAAAUCCAUUCAAAUCUAAGACUAAUUCACUGAAGGAUAACAUAGAGCGCAUCAAAAGAGGCAGUAAUUUCAAGCCAUAGUAAUUACAAUAAGAUAAGAAGAAGUUAUGA